ACAACAACAAACGCGCUUUCCACGGCAGGAAGAGACGCCACAGAGAGAAAGAAAGACAUUUAACAUGUAGUUUUAUGAACAGACACUUCGGUAAAGUUACGAGUUUGUGGAUGAAACGACAUAAAAAGGACGAAGAACACGUCGCAUCCAGAUUUUCUGAGCAGACUUUGUAAAGAGCAGAGCAGCUGUCCCGGACUGUCCACUCCACUGUACACGGUUUUCCAACUCUCCACAGUGGUAGUAGUCUCACUGCCUCUCUUCUGCUGAUUCAACAACAUGCAUUGUUUCUUGCCUUUCAUCCCCUCAGUUUGGGAGAACAGAGGGAGACGAAGAGAGAAUGAAGAGCUGCUCGCCGUGUGAGUUCUUGGGAUGCUCGAGCGACCUGAACCUCAUGCUUUUUUAAGGCCUCCAGAAGCGAAACACAGGGUGUCAUUAACAGAGCGAGUGACCCCUCUGAGCUGCCACCAUGGCCCUGGUUCAGGCUCUGCCCAUAUCUGCUGAGCCCCACAACCCCGGCCUCAGUGGAGGACCCCGCAGGAGACACCCCUCUGGCUCUUCACCCCCCCUCAACGCACCACCCUCCACUCUGGAUCCUAUGGGGUCUGUGAGCAGCCUCAUCGCCAGCCGCCCGGGUCCUUACCAGGACCACCGACCUGUCGGUGAGCUGGGAGCCAGGGUCCGACGGCCCACACCAGGCGCCGCCUGCCUGGGCUCUGAUUCACCCCUGGAUUCCUUAUUACUGCAGAACAUCCCGCCGCUGAAGAAACAGAGCUCCACGACAUCCAGCAGGGGGCUGGAGAAGGAGAGCGGGAAUGGGAACUAUACCUAUCUGAAUGAGGACUACGUAGGUGACUGGAAUGAAAACCAUGUAACACGUGCGAGCCCAGGAAGUGACGCUGAUGAGACUAAAGGAUCAGGGUUGAAUGGUAACAUGGGCGGACCUCCUCCAAAACUGAUUCCUGUGUCAGGAAAACUUGAGAAGAACAUGGAGAAAACAGUGCUGCGACCCACUGCCUUCAAACCCGUCAUUCCCAAGAGCCGGACCUCCAUGCAAUACCUCUCCCCUCGCCAUUGUGCCAACGUAUCCGAAAGCCAAAACAAUCUGAACCUGCUGAGCCCCACACACAUAGAGGCAUCACCUUCGUGCUCUGAGAAAAGCAGCGCGCACAGCAGGGCCCGUAACAGCGGAGGCGGCAGCAGCCACUCCUGCCAACUGACCGACUCUGGACGCAACUCCCUCUCCAGCCUCCCACCUUACAGCAGCGCCGGCUACAGCCUGGCAUCAGGAGAGGCCUCUGCUGGCCACCUGGAGCCCAUGAAAAGCGCCCCACCAGUCAGCGGACACGGACACUCCAACUCAGACAGCGGGCGCUCGUCCUCCAGUAAGAGUACAGGCUCUGGCUCGUUAAGUGGCCGGGGACAACCUCUGUCUGACAGCGGGUCCACCGGGCGCUCCCCUGGCCCGGUGGAGGGUUACGAGGGGGUGGUGAGGGACCUGGAGGAUAAACUGAGGGAGAGAGAGCAGGAGCUGCAGCAACUCAGAGACAACCUGGAUGAGAACGAAGCUGCAAUUUGUCAGGUUUAUGAGGAGAAGCAGAAGCGCUUUGAGCUGGAGCUGGAGGAGCUGAGGCAGAGCUGUGCCACCAGGAUGCAGGUCGCCUCACAGAAGUCCCAGCGUGCACAGCAGGUGCUUCAGUUGCAGGUUUUUCAGCUCCAGCAGGAGAAGAAGAAGCUGCAGGAGGACUUUGCUCAGCUUUUGAAGGAGCGGGAGCAGCUAGAGGAGCGCUGCACCUCCUAUGAGCACGAGAAGAUCCAGCUGGGGCCUCGACUGGAGGAGAGCAAGUGGGAGGUCUGUCAGAAGUCGGGGGAAAUCUCGUUGCUGAAGCAGCAGCUGAAGGAGGUGCAGGGAGAGUUAGCCCAACGUGUGGGAGAGAUCGUCUCACUGCGAGGUCAACUCAGAGAGACUCGUGGCGAGCUCACAAACACCCAGGUCCUGCUCCAGGAGGCCCACGGCACAACCCGCACACGAACCCUGGAGCUGGAGGUGUGUGAAAACGAGCUUCAGCGUCGCAAAAGCGAAGCGGAGCUGCUCAGAGAAAAGGUAGGUCGCCUCGAGGGAGAGUUGGUUCAUCUCAGAGAUGCUUUGGCCAAUCAGGGCCCAGGAAACAGACAGUGUCAGGUGUUCCAGGAAGCAGAGGAGCACCUGCUGGCCUAUGAGAGUGAUGAGGCGAAGGCCCAGCGGCAGAGCAGCAGCGAGGGGCUGCAGAACAUGAAGGUGCAGAUGGACAGAAUGAGGGCUGAGCUGGUCUUCGAGCGUCAGCGAGGCGAGGAGCAAACGGGAGGCUUCGAGGAGGAGCGCAGGAUAUGGCAGGAGGAAAAGGACAAAGUUAUCCGCUACCAGAAGCAGCUGCAGCAGAACUAUGUGCAGAUGUAUCGCAGGAACCGAGAGCUGGAGCAGCUCCUGCAGGAGCUCAGUCAGGAACUGGAGAGCAGAGAGGAGGACGAGGGCAGCGGCAACGAGAUCAACUUUGAUGAGAUCGCCGCUACGGAAAUCUGACCCUUGUGUGUCUCCAUCUUUUGAUUUGCACUACUGUCAGCUAAAUAUUUUUUUGUCACCUACAUCACAGUAAAAAAAUCUGCAGUUUCAAAUGAGACACUCUUUAGUUCUGCCUCAUUGGUCUAUUCUCCAAGGAGUCCCACUUGAAAGUCAGUGACCUCUAUUAGUCAUUAGUAGGCCACCUCAGUCUCCUGCCCUUCUGUUAAAGGGAAAGUUUGGAUUUUUUGAAGUGGGGUUGUAUGAGGUACUUCUCCAUAGUUAGUGUAUUACCUACUGUAGAUGGUGGGUCAACGCACCCCCCAGUUUGGAGAAGCAGGCAGGUGUACCGCCAUGGGAGCUUAACAGUGUACUGCUGUGGACGGGGGUAACAGCAAAACAUAUUUUAGCCAUCUAAAAAAAUCAGAAUCAGUUUAAGUGGGCACUAUAUUUUGAAUAUUUUAAUUGCUUUACCUUGCCAUCAGACAGAGACUCUCUUCAGAGCCAGACUCAAUUGACAGAAACAGUCAUUUUACCUCACAGAACACAGGAGUUUGUGGCCUCGGCUGCCUCGAUCCGUUAGUUUGUUUGUGUUACUGUGUGACUUUGGUGAAUCUGAACUAUUUGUGUGCCCCCGUCCACAGCAGUACAUCGUUUAUCUUUGGUGUCAGUACUGUAGCCUGCUUCUCCAAACUUGGACAUGCCAACCAGCAUCCACUGUAUGUAAUGCACUGACUAUGAUUCAGUACCUCAUACAACCCCACUUCAAAAAACCUGUACUAUCCCUUUAAUGUCUGUGUGACUAACCAGACAGUUUUAGGCAUCAGUGGGAGACUCGGUUGUGUGUGAGUAACUGCUCCCAACCUUUCACUCCUCCUCUUGUGUGAGUUAUGAAUCGACCCUCCAUGCUGGGUUUAACACUACACUCCCACUCUGUGUUAGCUGUCAGCUCUCAUUAGUACCGUUAAUUUAGCCGGAGCCCACGCUCGGUGUCAGCUGACGGUGAACGUGGGACACCACAUAAUCGGCAUGUCAUGAUAAGAGUAAGUGAAUCAGAGUGAGGUGUUGAUGGAGGUGACUGCACUCUAAUCAUGACAAGCAAAAUAUGUCGACUUCCUGUUAACUGGGGUACAGACAUACAUGUGUAGGAACAAAAAACUAAUUUUCAGUCAUGUAUGGCACAAAUUUGUUGUUUUUAUAAUAUUAGGUCCAGUUUGAAAGAACAAAGUUAAGUCUCCUUUGAUCGUACUCUCAUAUCCUGGACACUUUACCCUCAACGGUGGAAAUAAUAUCAUGAACAUCUGUACAGUCUAGUGUAAUUAAACAAUAUAACAUCUGGAUUGAAUACGACCUUAACACCUUUCAUCCAGUGCACACUUCAGCUUUUCCUGUAGUGUAGGAGUGGGCGAUGUGGAUACAAUCCUAAAUAUUCAGGAAAAGUUAUUUUAACAACAGACAUUUUGACAUGUCAUAGCAGGGAAAGCACAGGUGUAAUUAAUAUUAAUAACGACUGCAUUCCCAUUACAAGAAAUAUAAAGAGAUUCAGCUCAAGUGUCGAACUGGCUCACUGUCGUGGCUCGGAUCGACACUUAAUGUUUGUGUCACAGGGUCCAGAUUUCUCCCUAGCCGUUAGUUCAAGGUGCACAAAGUUGAAUAAACUGAGAGUCAUACUUGGGUUUGCCCAGUUUGCUGUCUCUGUCAAGUGUCAGUUAGUCACUCACCUUACAGCAGGAAAUAGCACCUCAUAAUAAAAGCUCUGUGCUUGAAAUUCACUGUACUUCAAAAUAAAGUGUGUUCCUUACAAACUUAACACACUCUGGAGUCACUUGCGGUCCAUUUAGAAUGGACCUGCAACCCACUUUUGGACCACGAUCCACCAGUUGGGAACCUCUGCUAUAGAGUAAGCUAUAGAGUGGCUGUUGUAUAGGGAGUAGAGAAUGAGAGAGUGAUUAUGGACCGAACCCUGAACCUAAAUCAGAAAGCACAAAGGGAACCUGUUGGCCAGCUUGGUCCCUUCUGUAGUUGGGUUUUCAUCCAAAUGUAGCUCAAAUUUUAACCACAUUUUAAGAAAAUCUCCCCCAAAAAGCAAAUUAAUGUGCUUUUAUUUGAGUUUAGGGAAUUGGUUCAUGGAGAUCAGCAGUAGGUGGCGCUAAUUCUCCAGUCAGGGCCACUGCAGAAGAGGGUUCAACAAGAUGACGUAAUUAAAAGAGCACCAGUCAAACCCCUCAAGUUAAGGGAAACAAAUGUAUGUAUAAAAAGAGAGAGCACCCUGGGCUAAGUUUUAAACAACUAUGUGCUCUUGGAAGAGUUCUGAUAACAGCCCUGUAUACAUACAUAAGCAUGUUAAAAGCCUCCAGCCACGAUGACGAGAGCUUGCAGUAACUUAUGUAUGUCAUCAUUUAUUUGCUGAAUGUGUUUCCAUUGCACUUAGCGGCAUUUACCUUUUAUCGACACACCAACUUUUCCAUCUAUGCCAACUAAGCAUAAAAACUAUUUCUCCAUCAUUUUGAGAUUAUUAUUUUUUUUAAUUUUUGGUUUUUUUAAUAUGCAGAACUGAAAAUGUGCAUAAAAAAAGGUGGCUGGAGACACACCUUGUUUGGAGUUUGCAUACUCUUUCCAUGUUAGCGUGUGUUUUCUUCAGGUUGCUCCCACAGUCCAAAGACAUGCAGGUUAAGUUGUUGUGACUGGUGGUGACUCUAAAUUGCCCGUAGCUGUGAAUAACAGGCUGCCUGUCUCUAUGUCUGGCAACUAGUCCCAGGUUUUCCACAGUGUCAUCUGGGAGUUGAGAGUCCUCGGGAGAUAAGAAUCAGUUGUAUUAUAGUUAUAUAAUAAGAAUAAUUCCUUGCAUUUCAAUAGGGUCCUCCUGCUGCGUGGUGCUCAGGCUCCAAUGAAAGGGAUAGUGACCAUGGUAAAAUGACUAAAUUUGUUAUGGUUGGCAAAUUUAUACUGACUCAUGGUACACAGUAUAUCCUCAUAUCGCCCACUCCUACUGUUUUAAAGUCAGUCAUCAGUAAAAUUCUUUACAUAAGGCCAAAAGAACAACAUGAUUUAUUAGUUUGCUAAUACUUGAAUUCAGCGUCUUUUUCUCGUAAAAUAUAAAAUUAAGAAAAUUACUGUAUUUCCUCACUGGAGAAAAUACUUCUUUCUACAAGAUGGUAAAACAUUGAUUAGUGUGUGUGGGUGAUUUUUACAUCACUGAAGGGAAAUCAUGCACUGAAUUCUGGGUGUUUUGGUGUAAAUUCAAACUACCAUGACUGUUUUUCCACCAACCUUUACAGUGUACAAUCUGCUCCAUGUGUAAUUACUUCCCUUUUUUGUUCAUCUGUUACUGCUGAUUGACUCAUCGUCCUCUGUAAAUAACCCUGACAAAUCAUUCAGAUUUCUUCCAGAGAUGUCUGUCCGUCUCAAAAAUAAAAAACAUAGCCACUGUGAAUAGACCAAAGCAAUGUCGCACAUUAUAUUUUGCUCCUGCAGAUACGACGCCUGUUAAAUAAUGUUCGUGUGGAUGUUUGUUCCGGUUCCUCAGUAUAAUUUUAUAAUCCACGAUAUUUGUAUGAAGACAUUAAAUGUAUAUUUUCAUGCUGUACAUUUCUUGAACAAACAUAUUAUGUUUUUAAUUAAAAAAAAGACAAUUUAAUAGCCGUGUGUGGAACAUUCAGAUUUGUUCAACAUCAUACAACUUAAAAAUCUUACAGCAGAUUGUUUUUUCACUUAAAUUACAUACAUUCCAAUGCAAUGUCUUUGUAAAGCGAGUUUUUACUGAAAUAUGAGUUUAUUUGAGUUGAAAUUCCCGUAUGUGCAAUGACCAUUUAGUCUGGGUUGCAUUCCCUCGUGCAACAAUCUGGAUUAUUUGCUCUUCAGUUCUCAUUGUGUUUAUAUUUAGGUGAUGUUUUACGGUUUGUGGUUUCAUGAGGGGUUCAAAGUAUUCCUCAUUAGCUGCUGCACAGCAGAAAUGUCUCUGAAUGUCUCCUGUCUGCCCUCUGCAGGUCAGAAUCUACAUUUCAGCUUAACCGCAUUAUAUUUUCAGUCAACAGGGCUGCUAAAGGCACUCAGGUUACAUUCUGCACAUUCAAAAAUUCAGACACAUGGAAAUCUGUGCUGCUUUUCUCUAAAGGAUUGUCAUUGUUAUGGAGGACAGAAGCUGCCAAAAUAAAAAAUAAAUGACUCAAUAAAUAAAUGAAUAUGCCAUUGCAUGUAUCAAAAAUAAUAUUAAAAAUAAAUGUAGGCAUUAAUUAAAAGAUUUUAUAUUCUGUUUUAAAAGUGCAGUUCAUAUUUCUGGAUAAAGAGAGUUGAUUGUUGAGUCUUAUUCCCAGAUUGUCAACAUCUGACACUCUUGGUGAGACUCAACAAUCAACUAUUCUUCUUCAGAACUACAGAUUUAAUCUUUAAUUUUCUUCUUUAUAUACCUUUGUAAUGAUUCUCCGUUACUCUCGUAUUUAAUUUUCCUAUUUAUUUUUUUUGUAUUUAAAUAUAUGUAGUUUUAUUUAGAUUUAUUUUUAAAUGUUUUUAUUCAAUUCAGUUGUGAUAAAGUGAAAUGUUAAGGCAUCAGGAGCACCAUAUUUUCAUGAUUUCAGAUUCUCUGGACAUUCAGAAACAUAAACACAGACUUCUGCACUACUUUUUUUAAGAGGAUUGUCAUUCUAUGGAGGACAGAAGCUGCCGAAAUAAAAAAUAAAUGACUCAAUAAAUUAAUUUAAGACUCAACAAUCAACUAUUUUUUUCCAGAACUGCAGACUUUAUCUUUACGUACCUUUUUAUUAAUUUUCCUAUGUAUAUCUUUACUAUUUCAUUUUUCUUUUU